AUUUGCAACCAACAUAAUGCUGAAGCUCCCAAUUUGGAAUAACUAUUUCACAGAAUGGCACAAACAGAACCUAAUCUGGACCAUGACGUAUCAUGGUUCCUCCUGCCGUCAUACUGGGCUAAAAUGGUUGUGGCAUUAAUUUCCUUCCUCUGUUUUGCUAACAGCUAUGAUGGAGAUUUUGUCUUUGAUGAUUCUGAAGCCAUCAUCAAUAAUAAGGACCUCAGGGCAGAAACCCCACUUGGUGACCUGUGGCAUCAUGACUUUUGGGGUAGCAAACUCAGCAGCAAUACCAGUCAUAAGUCAUAUCGACCACUAACUGUCCUAACUUUCAGAAUUAAUUACCUUUUUGCUGGAGGCUUCUACCCAGUGGGUUUCCAUGUCAUCAAUAUAAUACUGCAUUGUAGUAUCUCAGUGUUGAUGGUUGAUGUGUUCUCGAUAUUAUUGGGUGGACUGCAGUUCAGUAAUAAAGGAAGAAGGCUAAACCUGGCUCCAAAGACAUCUCUUCUAGCUGCUUUGCUGUUUGCUGUACAUCCAGUGCACACCGAAUGUGUUGCCGGGAUUGUUGGCAGAGCAGACCUACUGUGUGCCCUGUUCUUUUUGUUGUCAUUUCUUGGCUACUGUAAAGCAUUUAGAGAAA